AUGGAAGAUAAUUCAUUCAAAUUCGGUGUUCACUAUUGUUACGCAGUCGCCUCAAUUGACGAAGUUGGUGAAAGUACGCAGUCGGACCCAAUGUCUAUUUUCCCACGAGCUCCUGCACCAGUUGGCUUUAUUGCCUUCUAUACUGAACGCACGAGUAAAUCUGUUACUUUACAGUGGAAACCAAUAACAAAUUGUAAAGGCUAUAUUAUUAAACGAGCAACGGACUCUUCAACUAACUCAUUCUUUGUUAUCAAGAAGAUUCAUGAAUCUUCAGUCAACGAUAUUCAGGAUACUUCAGUCACGUUCGGUACUCAUUAUUACUACACAAUCUCUUCUGUAGAUAAAACUGGCGAAAGUAAUCAGUCAAAACCAAUUGGUAUUGUUUGCCAUUGGAUUCCAGUACCAACAAAUCUGACAGCUUCGUAUAUCAAGAGCUCUUCAGAGUCUAUCACUCUACAUUGGCAACCAAUAGUGAAGGGAAAAGGUUAUACCAUCAAACGAGCAACAACUUUAUUACCAAGUGCAUUUGCUACCAUCAAGACAUUGAAUGAUUCUUUAAUCUCUCAUGCUGAAGAUACUUCAUUUAUAUGUGGCAUUACAUAUUAUUACACUAUUUCCACAAUUGAUGAAGGUGGUGAAAGUAUUCAAUCAGAUCCAGUUAGUAUUUGUGUUCGUGCUCCACCACCUACAAAUCUUUCAGCAUCAUUUGAUAAUUAUGAUACUUCUCUUGUAAUAUUGCGAUGGAGCCCAAUAUCAACUGCUGCUGGAUAUAUCGUCAAGCGAGCGACAACGUCACCAAGCAGCUCGUUUUCGACAUUGAAACAAUUAGAUGAUCCUUCAACUAUAGAAUUCCAAGAUAAGUCAAUCUUAUUCGGUGCGACUUAUAAUUACGUUAUUACUUCGCUUGAUAAAGCUGGCGAGAGUGACGAUUCAAGUAUCGUUAGCAUUCAUUGUCCACGAGCUCCAGCACCGAAAAAGUUCGAAAUUAUGAUCUCAAAAGGUACUAGUCGUACAAUUACGCUACACUGGUCGAUCGUUUCAAAUUGUAGUGGAUACAGAAUUUAUCGAUUCAUGGCCAAUGAUCCUUCGAUAGCUUCAUAUUCUAUCACAUUUUCAUGUAACUGUCAAGAUAACAAUCAAAGUCAAUGUAUCGAAAACGAUAAAUAUUCAAAAUUUCUACUAGCUACUAUUACAGAUCUAACAAUUAGUUCUUAUACUGACUCUAACGUUAAGAACGGUAUCGAAUACCAUUACUGGAUUUCAUCAGUGGAUGUUAUCGGAGUUAGUUUUGGUUCACAACUUGUAAGUGGAAAAACUGUAUUACCUGCUCCAACGAACCUGCGCGCUAAAGUAUUAGUAAAGCGUAAUACUACUGUACUGUGUUGGACAAGCGUUCCGACUGCAACGGGUUAUCGCAUAGAACGAAAGAAUAAGUCUGGUCAUCCAGAAACGAUUGGACGGCUUUCCGGUGAUUCAGACACUAAAUUUCAUGAUAAACAAUGCGUCCUACGUGACAUGCCUUAUAUCUAUACAGUCUAUGCCAUUGAUGAUACUAGUGAAAGUGAGCCAUCGAAUCAGGUUCAAGUAACAUCGCUAUCCUCCGAGGAUCAGACAGAUUAUUCAGAUCUAGUUCAAGUUCGAUUUGGCAAUUUGGUCACUGAAAAGGUCGAUGCCAUUGUUAUUUGUUCUACAUCUGAGAAACUUGUGGAAAGUGUCCUAACUGCAUCAGGUAUAAAGGAUAUUGAUGUAGAUAAACAACGAUGCAUAUCGUUACCAGCUGGUCGUUUAUCAUGUAAAAGCAUUAUUUUGAAUCCUUGGACACCUGAUGUAAAAGACGAGGUUGGGCUAGAAAAUUCCAUUCGACAAUUUAUGAAUACUACCUUUCAAUAUGCUGUACAAGCUCAAUGCAAGACAAUAGCAUUUCCUGCACUUGCCACCGAUGAAUUAAUUCCUGGAUGGGAAGUUAUCAAUGAUCAAUACCCUAUGCGAGUGCAUCUAUCUCCAUCGUCUGAGGAAUAUCGAAGUGUACUACGUAGUUUUCGAGCAACAAUAUCGGCGACUAAGACUAAUGAUAAUAUUCGCAUCGAACGAAUUCAAAACGAGCGAUUAUAUCGUCAAUAUCAAAUUGAGAAAAAGCAUUUUUAUAAAAUGUUACAAAAAGAUACACAAAAAACUCUUUACCAUGGAUGUCCGAACGAUGAUGCAAAACUUCAGUCAAUCAUGGAACAAGGUCUCGAUCGCAGUAGAGCUGGGGAUGCAAAUGGUAAAAAUAUAAGUUAA